CAAUCGGAACAUCUCACGGUGGCCGCAUCACCUCAUUUGAAUUUCACAGUCGCGCCGUAUAAAGACAGUGGUGGCACCCGCUUCCGUCAGGUCACUUUGGCUCGAGACCACAAACCAAAAGCCUCGAAGCCCUUCGCCUCCUUCAACCCUCGACAGACAAGAAGCAGACACCGGCCACCGCCUAACCCCCCUACAUCCCCGUCCUUUUUCCACGGCGUCACGAUGCAGGGCCCUUCGAUCAUCCACCGCGCCCUAGGAGGACCCUUCUAUUACUCUGCUCUCGUGACGGCUCCGCCGAUGAUGCUACCCCCAUCCGCAGCGUCUCAGGUCCUUUACUUCGCACGUCCGGUCGUGACCACUCGGAGCCACCCUCCUUCGCCUUCCUCUUCCCCACUUCCCCCGGCACUCGCCGCCGCCGCCGCCGCUCUUCCGCCACCCCCGCGUCAUCCUCGCCCGCCUGCAGCCGCCGAGGACACCUCGGCCGGGAAGAGGCCCUCGUUCAGCAUCGAGGCGAUCCUCGCUCGCUCGUCCGACUCCGAGUCGAGGAGGGCUCCUCGCGACCGCGCGGUCGCGGCAUGGACGCGGCCUGCACAAGCGGGGUCCGACUCGAGCACGCAAGAGCCUGGGUCCGCGGGCUACCUUCGAGGGGUCCCUCCGUCCCCCUUGAUGUACCCCGUUUCCGCGCUGGGAUAUUACCCCUGCUCGUGCCACGGCACGGUCCUGCGCGGCCGCGGGGAUGCGUGCCCAGCGCACCGCGCGGCGCUGCACGGCCCCUCGGCCCGUGGCCGAGGCAGCAAAUCGAAGCGCCUGAGGACCAUCUUCACGCAGGCGCAGCUGGAGCGCCUCGAGAAGGAGUUCGCGCGCCAGCAGUACAUGGUGGGCACUGAGCGCUACUUCCUCGCCUCGUCGCUCCAUCUCACCGAGGCACAGGUGAAGGUUUGGUUCCAGAACCGGCGCAUCAAGUGGCGCAAGCAAAGCUUCGAGCAGCAGCAGGCGCGCCUCGCCAAGCUGGGCCUGGCCCCGCUGCCCACUCCGACCUCAACUCCGGUAGCCGCCCAGAUCCCCGGGCCCUCGACACACGGCGGGGUCAGCGGCAGCGGCAGCAGUAGCGGCGGCAGCGGCAGCGAGAGCGACGCGGAGUCGGAGCGGGCGUCGCCGCCAGACACCGGCGCAUCGCCCCGUGAUUGAGGCGGAGGAA